GCGCCUCCAACCGGGAUUUGGUCAUGGCUCACCGGCCUCCUAGACUGGCUGCGCUCCCUUUUUUUCAAGCGAGAAAUGGAGCUCAGUUUAGUCGGACUGAACAAGGGAGGCAAAAGCACGCUCGUCCAAGUGCUGACGACCGGGCAGUAUCAGGAGGACAUGAUACCCACGGUGGGUUUCAACAUGCGUAAGAUGACCAAGGGCGGAGUCACCAUCAAGAUGUGGGACCUGGGAGGCCAGCAGCGCUUCCGCAACCUGUGGGAGCGCUACUGCCGCGGAGUGCAGGCCAUCGUGUUCGUGGUGGACUCGGCGGACCUGGACAACCUGCCCGCGGCGGCGAGGGAGCUGCACGGACUGCUGGAGAAACCCAGCCUCAAGGGCAUCCCGCUGCUGGUGUUGGGCAACAAGAACGACCUGCCCGGGGCGCUGUCGGCGGGACAGCUGUCGGACGCCAUGAACCUCAAGUCCCUGGCCGACCGCGAGGUGGCGGUGUACAGCAUCAGCUGCAAGCGCCAGCACAACAUUAACGUAACCCUGGAGUGGCUCACAAAGCAUGCCAAGGCGUGAGGGGGUGUGUGACGAGGAAGAGGGCAACCCCAACCGCUUGGCGUGAGGGGGAUGGGGAACAUGUCAGCGGCUGGCUGUCUGGCUAGUUGCGGCGGGUUGAGGGGCGGCUCCGUGAGGGGGAAGAGAAGGAUGAGGGGGAUGGGGGAUGUGUCAGCGGCUGGCUGGCUGGCUGCUUGGUUGCCAAGCGGCUAGGCUCCCAGGAGGGAUUGCGGGGGCUUGCUGCGGGUUGAGGGGGCGCCUGUGGAGGCAAGCCCGCCCGAGGGUAUCAAAUUGACUGACGAGAGGCAAAACUGAUGCUGGUGUUGACUCUGGUGUUGACCUUGGUUAUGAUAGAAGGCGCCGUUUGGCUGCGUGUUGAGCAAAGCUGGCCGUAUGUUAAGAAAACACACGGCCGCAUACCUUGUGCAUGGUGUGUCUGUCUUGGAAACUGACCGCGACUGUGUGUUGUGCGUGUGCCAAUCAGAUUUGCAUAAGCACGAGAGAGGGCUGCGAAUUUGGAGUGCAGCCGUGGUAUCGGGGUGUAAAGGGGGAGGGGGCGAACGAGGGCAAUCAAAGGUAUAGAAGGAGGAGGUGCAUGUGCGUGUGUUAAAAUAACUGGCCGCGAGGCGGAACGUACUGUGCGUUAAGAAAACUGGCCGCGAGUACACGUACUGUGCGUGUGUGUGCUAAGAGGAUUGGCCGCGUGUGUGCGCGUGGUUGUGGUUUCGGUUGGGCUGCUUGUGCAGUGCAGCAGGUUGGCGCGGUGUCGGGGCCUGUGCUCCGUCUGGAAUUUUGACGUUUAGGAGAGUACUGCAUGACCUGCACGGAGGCAGAGCAGCAGGAGGCGAAGAUACGAUAGGGCGGGUAUACAGUUCGCACAUGCUUCAGUGACGGCGGUUGUAUGGUGGUGGUGGCGGCCGUUAACUGAGGAUACUUCGCAUAUGGAUGUCUUGACGGUGUGUAGUUGAGCGGAAACAAGAGCAAGCAGUUGGGAUAGGUUCGCAUGUGAACCGCAAGUACAAGCAAAACAGAGGCAAAACAAAGAGGAGGAGAGUGCCAUUGACGGUUGGCGGUCGCUUCGCCCGGGUCACGAUGCAUGUGCUGCUGCCGCUGGAGCUGCCUCCCGGCCGCUGUUCAAUACGGU